UAACAAAAAAAAAUUGAAGCCUACAGGCUUUUUUUCUCUCAAUUUCAAAAUCCCCUUCCGAACCUAGUCCUAUGAGAGAAAAUCACCAAAGCAAAGCAGCCACAAUCAGCCCCCACCACUAUCGGUGCCGGCGGUGACAACUCGAAGGUCUGCUCUUCUCAUCGCGUCGCCAGAAGGUCGGUUUCGUCGUCUUUGUCCUUGUGUCGUCGAGCUCGGACCUAUCCUCGUCGCGUUCGUCGUCGUUGAGCCCGCGUUCAAGCCAUCUCUCUCUGUCGCUUCUUCCGGUAAGCACUACCUCUUCAAUUUAUUUUUGCUUGUUAUAUACUUUUGUUAAUAAUAUUGAUUGAAUUGCUGGAUUUACUACUUUACUGAUUUUGAGUUGCUGCCUAUUAAGCAAGGUUCUGAAAAUUGGAUCAGACCGGCCAGUUGAACCGGUUUAACGGGGAACUGGCAAGGAAAACGGUCUGGUUCUCUCCCUAAAACCGUUAAACACAAAACCGUUCUAAAACUGUUGAACCGGCCGGGAACCGGGCGGUUGGAUCGAAUCGGAAACCGACCGGUUCUUAGAAACGACGCCGUUUUGCCAUUUAGAACAGAAAAAAACACUCGCACUUCACCCCAAACCCAUUCGUGCUAGCCUAGCCCCAGUCACACUUCACACGAUGUCUCCCUCUCCCUCCUUAGCCACAGUCCUAGCCCCCAACCCAAAAGCCUACCUCUUCCACGGAUCCGCCGCCGCCAUCCGUCGGAGGCGCCUCUUCCUUCCUCCUGUCCGAGGCCGAAACCCCUAGCUCGGCACGUAGUCGCGUCGUCUUCUUGCUCGAGUUCGAACUGCAAGCCGUGAUCUCGCCGUCGUCGUCCUUCUCGUCGGCGUUGUCUUUCUCUCAGUCAAGGUUAGUGAUCCUGACCAUGCAAACACAAAAAAUUGAUUGCUUUAAAGUAGAAGCUUUGGGAAGACCUGUCCCUUUUCAGUUGUAUGUGAAUCCUGGAGAGGAUGUGAAAGCGAAGCUAGUGAAACUCUUUAAAUCAAUCAGUCAUUCCUGCUGUAUCAUUUCAGCUUCUGGACAUAUAUCAACAGCAGAAUUCAGCAACCUGAACUCAAAUAAUUCUGAUACAUAUGAGGGACACUUUGAGAUUCUCUCCUUGACCGGGAACUGUUGGGGUCAAGAAGAUGGUGCAUCUUGGUGGCUGAACGUCAUGCUAGCUGGGCCUAAUAGGAUGGCGUUUGGUAGCAUCUUCAUCGACAGAUUGAUAGCUGCUGACACCGUAGUUCUUCUUAUGAUGAGUUUAAAGAAAGAAAAUGAAGAGAACACCGAUGAAGCUGAAAUUUCUGAGGAAAAGAGCACCAAGAAAAAUGAUGAAGCUGAAACUUAUGAGGAAAAGAGCGCCAAGGAAAAGAAGAAGAAAAAGAAGAAGAAUAAGAAGAAAAAGAAGAUGGCCACCUCUACAACUGGUGGUCUCUUUGAUUUUUUUUGGACCUGGUGGUCAAAGGGAAAAUAGUUCCAAUGCCCUCUGUUAAUUUUCUCAAAUGUUUUCCAUUUAUGAUUUGAACUAUGCUUAUUACAUUGAUAAUUCAGUUUUUCUUUUCUUU